CAGAUCCUUCAUCCAUAUAUUCAGUACAGAGACCAGCCAUAGUGACUGUGAGGCUUAAUCCUAAUCCAUUUAUGGCUUGUUGUUUUGAUUAAGUGGUCACGGGGCUUGGCUGAGAAGACACUUGGCGAUAUUCACUACCAGCCUAUAGCCAUGGGCUGGACUAGAGAGAGCUAUACUACACCUGGAGCAUGACUGAGACCCUGUGUGUACCAACCUAGAGGUACCACCCAUCAUCACAAAAACAACUGGAACAAGUUGUAUCCUGUUUGAAUAAAUAUGUCCGAAAAAUCCUCCAAAUAUCCCUUUUUCUUCCCUCAACGUGUUCUGGAGGCUGAAAAGAGUUAGAAAAAUAAGGUCUUUGUUGCUGAUGUGCUAAAAUACUGAGGGAGAGACCUCAUCGUGGAGAGGCAACCUGGCCAGGUCAUGGGAUGUGGCUUUGCAAAAUCAGACCAGCUGAAGAAACGCGACAGAGAAACCAGCCUCUUAGUCCCAGCUGCCACAGGUGAGUCAGUCAGUCUUCAGCUCGAGGACUAAAUCACUACAGAUCAUUGUGGGGUAUUUGAGGAUCUGAAUUUGUAAUCUAUGACUGAGUGCUCCAGUAGUUACCGUUAACAUUAUCAUCAGACAAGCUAAGAAUAGCUGUAGAACUCUUCAGACGGGUAUCAGACUACAAAUAGCUGUAAUACUGCUUUAAAAAAAAACUGAAGUGAAAAAACUAAAGAUAUAGUAGGUCCCAUAAUGAUAACUAGCUACAUUUGCACGGUAAACCUGUGUGUUCUUUUGGUAAUGGGAUCACGAUAGCAAUGAGAGGGUUGUGAGUUCAAGUCCCACAGGGAUCACAUACUGUAAGUGCCUAUGUGUUGUAAUAUGCUCUCUCCCAACGCUACUCAUUCCCCCAGCAAUGAGGGCAGCUCUCCUAAUCCAACGUUGGUACCGUCAGUACGUGGCACGGCUGGAGAUGAGACGCAGGUGCACCUGGAACAUCUUCCAGUCCAUCGAGUAUGCAGGAGAGCAGGAUCAGAUUAAGCUCUACAACUUCUUUGGCUACCUCAUGGAUCACUUCACUCCAGCCAGCAGUGAGCGGAACCUGAUCUCACACAUCUUCCGUGAGAACAACAUCUGCCGUAAUGUAGAUUGGGAGAGGUACUUCUGCUACAAGAGCAUUGAGCAGCUCCAUUCUCGCUAUGUCCUUCAGCUCCUUGGGGAGACCUGGAGACUGCUGAGGAUCCUCCCCAACAUCAGUCAGAUCUCCACCUGCCACAGCAAGGAGAUCACCAUCUGUGGAGACUUACAUGGGCAUCUUGAGGAUCUUUUGUUGGUCUUCUACAAGAAUGGUUUACCAUCAUCUGAGAAGCCUUAUGUCUUCAAUGGAGACUUUGUGGAUCGAGGAAAAGAUUCCCUGGAGAUCCUCCUCAUCCUGUUUUCCUUUCUCCUGGUCUAUCCUAAUGAUGUCCAUCUGAACAGAGGCAACCACGAGGACCAUAUCGUUAACCUAAGAUAUGGCUUUACCAAAGAGGUGCUUGGAAAAUACAGGCUUCAUGGCAAGAAGAUUCUAAAGCUUCUCCAGAAGAUCUUUAGCUGGUUGCCCCUGGCGACAGUAAUUGACAACAAGGUGUUGGUUCUGCACGGCGGUAUCUCAGACACCACGGACCUUCACCUCAUAUCCAGGGUGGACAGACACAAAUAUGUUUCAGCUCUCCGGCCUCCCAAGAGGAAGAGGCAAAACUGGUCAGGUAUGACGGACUCCGAUCUAGAAGACGAUGAGCCAACUGCCAAGCCUGUGGACAGCAGCAGGCGCCGGGUCCACUCCCUGACCCACAGCAGCAGCACGGGGACCCGGCAUGAGGUCCAGCGUCGCUCCCUGCAGGGCCUGAACAACAGGGUGACCUGCUCUGUAGAAGAGGAGCUGAAGGAGAGACGCAGGCAGGCCGGAUUUAGCCAGUCCUACGGAGACCUCCGUAACUCCCUGGCAAACUCUGACUCUGACCCAGACUCUGGAGAGCUGCUGGAGUCGUACGGGGACGAGUGGAAACAGAUUGUAGACAUGCUAUGGAGCGACCCCAUGCCCCAGGAUGGCUGUGUCCCCAACGAGGUGCGAGGUGGAGGAUGUUACUGGGGUCCUGAUGUGACAGAAGAGGUCCUGCGACGUCACAACCUCACGCUGCUUAUACGCUCACAUGAGUGCAAGCAAGAGGGCUACGAGUUCUGCCACAACCGCAGGGUCCUAACCAUAUUUUCUGCAUCUAACUACUAUGAGGUGGGAAGCAACAGAGGAGCGUACAUCAGGAUGGGUCCUGACCUGGUGCCUCACUUCAUCCAGUACCAGGCGAACAGGGCUACUAGGGCGCUCACACUGAGACAAAGUGUUGGGCGGACUGAGCGUUCAGCUCUCAGGGCUUUGAGGGAAAAGCUGUUUGCACAUAAGUCAGACCUUAUCAGUUCCUUUCAAGAAUACGACCCGGAAAAUACAGGGCUGAUCUCUCUGGGCCACUGGGCCUGUGCCAUGGAGGCUGUGUUGAGGCUGGGUCUACCCUGGAGGGUGCUGCGGUCUCAGCUAGUGGGAGACACUCUGGAUGGCAUGCUGGACUAUCAUCUUUGGUUCAGAGAACUGGCCAUCACCGAGCCCAACACAGAGCUCUCGAAUGCCAGUCUGCUUGAGACCAUGUAUAAGCACCACUCCAACCUGGAGACCAUCUUCAGGAUCAUAGACACAGACAACUCAGGUCUGAUAUCGUUUGAAGAGUUCCGUCAGACGUGGAAGCUGCUUAGCUCCCAUCUGCAGACAGAGAUCAGUGACGAGGCCAUCAGUGACCUGGCCGUCUCCAUCGACUUCAACAAAGACGGCAGCAUAGACAUCAACGAGUUCAUGGAGGCCUUCCGGCUAGUGGGAGGAGACCUACUGCAGAAUGAAGGUGACCCCCACUGACACAUCUUCAAACUGGAAUCUACUCACUGCAAUCAAUGGUCCAUAGUACCAUAGGAGGGCUUCCAGCCGACCUACUGCAACAACAGACAUGAUAAAGCACUUCAAGAGGAAAGAGUACAGUAUAUUACUACCAACUGGAAUCUACCCAUUCAAAUCAAUGGCCUAGCCCUGGAGGGGGUCAACUGUAUGAUCAGGCGAGGGCUUCCAGCAACCUGCUGCCACAUCAACAGUAGUCUUGCAUGCCAGCCUCAUGGUGCUCCACCAUGCUGCGGGGAAGGACUAUAGGAAUGCUAGUGAAAAAGGAGGGGGAUGAACCUCUUGAGUUUGAGUUGAUUAAUUUCUCUGAUACCCACUUCUAGAGAAAAUAUACUACAAACUGGGAAUCUACUUAUUCCAAUCAAUGGACCCAUUUCCAGCAUCUCCAAAAGGACAGAUAUUUAGAACCAUUGAAAAAAGAUUGAAAAGAUUUUGGGGCAUAUUGAUUAUUCAUACAGGCCUCUCUCAACAGGUGACCAUAAUAUUAUGACCUAAGGAAAUAUUGAUUAUAUAGAUGAAAACUAUACAGCCAUUGGCUAGUCAUUGUGUGAGAGACCCAGACAGAACACGGGAUAUGGAUUUGCAAAGCAUUCGUUUUAGAAAUGGUGCCUAUGCUUGUGUAACAGAUUAAGACUACCGGAUAAACUCACCAACAGACUAAAAUGUUGCCAAUGGUGCCAUUGAAUCAGAUCCUUUUCAGUGUCACA